AUGGAGCCUGCCUUCCAUUCCCUGCGGGUGCCCCCGACAGCAACAGAUCCAGCCAUGGGCCUUUUAGAGACGAUCUCCCAGCACCCGGAGAGCAUUUUCACCGCUGGGUUGGCAUUUAUAGUCUUAUUGUCUAUCCCUCAUGUGCGCCAACUCAUCGUGGUUCAACCGGGGAAAGAAUAUCCAGGGUUGGUGAUUACCAGCACCAACUCGUCCGAUGAAUAUGUCUUGACCUAUUCAUCAAAAGCUGUGCACCAAAGGAUUGUUCUCGCAGUUGUUGCUGCCAUUGCCACUCUCUCUGUGCUGACUGGGACAGCAUGGAUGACAUCUCAGAUUCUACAACUGGCUGCUUGGGUAAGUGACAACACAAGAAUCCCAGCUAGACACGGCAGUGGCUAA